CUCUUUCUGAACCAACACGCCCAGCCCCACAGUCUAUCUGCGGUUCAGUAGCCCGCUCCCGCUAUGUUGUGCUUGUUGUUAUUUUCUGCGCUACAGUUUUGGAAUGCUGGCUUGUGCUCAUCUCUCACAUUUGAACUGGUGGAUCGCGACUCUCGCUGCUUUUUUAGCACGAUGAGCAGUGGUGGCCUAUAUCAUAUUGAUUUUCAGGUCUUGUCUGGCGGUAACUACGAUGUCGACUUCACGCUUUUUGGCCCCGAUCGGAAAGUUGUUAAGCAUCUUAAAAGGAGUUCUUAUGAGUCUUUAGUGCUGAACGAUACUGUCAAUGGAGAGUACAAAGCAUGUUUCGGAAACUUGUUUUCUACCGUUACUCACAAGGUCAUAUACUUCUCCUGGUAUAAUAUCAGCGGGGUAGAAAAUCUAUUCAAUUCAGAACCUGGUCCAAAUACACUUUUCUUCACUCUGUUGAAGUCGCUCGAUUCCAACUUACAAAAAAUCACCUUUUGGCAGAAAAUGGAACGCUUGUUGAACACAAUUUCCUACAAUUUUAUGUCGCAACUGAAUUCCAGGGUUCUUUACUGGUCAAUCGGCCAGUCAGUGCUUGUCCUUUCCGUGGGCGUGGGCCAAGUGAUUGUCCUGCGAUCUUUGUUCAGUGUACCGACAUCGCGUCGUUCAACCGCUCGGCCGGUGUCCUGACUUCUGUGAUAACUUGUUUUUAUUUUUUCACUUUAUCAAACGAUUCUCAGCCUACUGUCUUUUGUCUGUCUGUCUGUCUUUUUGUCCUGGUGUAAUCAUUUUUACCCCUUUGUUCUGAGUUUGCGCUUUUUUGGUGUUUUAUUGUCCAUUCAUGAUUCAGUCCUAUGCUGGGAGGUCCUCUCACACAUAUCACGACAGUGUGUGGAUAGAAACUAUUUUUAUG